AUGACUGGCACCCUCGCCCAAGUCUGCGAAUGGUACCUCAACCCCGACGAUUGCAUCUGCAUGCUCUCCACCGACGGAUCUCUUUUACGCAGUCAGACUGCCUUUUGCUGCAAGAAAUUGGGGUACAAGACGAUGAAUAGCAUCUGUGGCGUCGACCGCAAAAACAGACAGUUGUUCAAGGAUUGUUGCAAGGGGUUGAACCAGGAGAGUGUGAUUGGGCAUUGUCGCUAG